CCAAGGACCAGACAGGAGAUUGGGAGAAAAAAGGGAGGGGUGAGAAAGGGUGCUGGCUUUACCUGGGGUAGCGGCAAAACACUAAGAGGAUCAAACAGUCAGGAGGCUGAGGUGAAGACAGGAUGGCAUCUCUUACAUCUUCAGGAGCCUGGUUGUUGAUCCUUAGCCUGGGGGUGGUUGGCAGUCAGAACAUCUCAUCCAGGAUUGGGGAGCCCUUGGUGCUAAACUGUAAGGGGGCUCCUAGGAAACCACCCCAGCAACUUGAAUGGAAACUGAAUACACGCCGAACUGAAGCUUGGAAAGUCCUGUCUCCUGAAGGGGACCCUUGGGAGAGUGUGGCCCGAGUCCUUCCCAAUGGCUCCCUCCUCCUGCCAGCUGUCGGGAUCCAGGAUGAAGGGACAUUCAGGUGCAGAGCAACCAACCGCCAUGGGAAAGAGAUCAAGUCCAACUACCGACUCCGUGUCUACCAAAUUCCAGGGAAGCCAGAAAUAGUGGAACCUGCCUCUGAGCUCAUUGCUGGGAUCCCCAACAAGGUGGGAACAUGCCUAUCAGAAGGGGGAUACCCAGCAGGGACUCUUAGCUGGCAUCUGGAUGGGAAGUCCCUGGUGCCUGAUGGGAAAGGAGUGUCUGUGAGGGAGGAGACCAGAAGACACCCUGACACUGGACUUUUCACAAUACAGUCCGAGUUGACAGUGACCCCAGUCCCAGGUGGCCCUCUGAACCCCACCUUUUCUUGCAGCCUUAGUCUUGGUCCUAGGAGCUCUGGACAACGGGCUCUCCACACAGCUCCUAUCCAACUCAGUGUUUGGGAACCUGAACCCUUGGAGGAAGUUCGACUAGUUGUAGAGCCAGAGGGUGGAGCAGUGGCCCCUGGAGGGGCAGUAACCCUGACCUGUGAGGCCCCUGCCCAGCCCCCACCACAAAUCCACUGGCUCAAGGAUGGUUCUCCUCUAGCCAUUGCCCCCAGAUCUGUACUGUUCCUUCCUGAGGUUGGAGUCCAAGACCAGGGAAUAUACAGUUGUGUUGCCACUGACCAAAGUCAUGGGUCAAGAGAAAGUCCUGGUGUUAGCGUCAGCAUCAUUGAGACUGGAGAAAAUGGCCAAGAAGAAGGUUCUGUGGGGGGCCCAAGACUAGGCUUACUGGCUUUGGUUCUAGGAGUUUUGGGUGGUCUGGUCACAGCUGUCUUGCUGGUGGGAAUCCUUUUGUGGAAAAGACAGCAUCGGCUCCGCAAAGAAGAAAGGAAGGUUCCUGAGUGUCCAGAGGAAGAGGAAGAGCGAGCAGAACUACAUCAGUCUGAGGAACAGGAAACAGCUGAGAGCAAUGCAGGGGGGCCCUGAGUAACCUUUGGCUGCCCAUCUAAUCCCACCUUCUAUCUUCUUCCCAUUCCCCUGCCUCAAGGCUAUUCCCUCGUACCUCUGCCUCCCUUCUCAACCUCCCUAUUUCCUCUCAAAAAGUCAGUCUUUCUCACAUCAAUUGAGAGCUCAGUCUGUCCCCUGCUUGUGCCCAUUCAUCCGAACAAUGAUUAUUAAACACCUGACACCCUA